CGUAGCAAGCUGGUGGUGGGGAGAUUGACGCCAACACCUACCAGAUUGCUACUCGAUGACUUGAGUAUGGGCAGUUGAGAUCGAAGUACAUGUGAGAAGUUGGAAUUGGAAAGUAUACUGACGUGUAGUGGCAACGGAGAGCGAGGAUGAUCUGUACCUGCACUUUUCCCUUACGUCUCAGCAGGAAACACAAUGCUAUUCGUAAAAUAGCAUUGUCUCUGAGAAGACAGAUGAGUUCUACAAGUGAAAAUGAUGUAAUUAUUGAAUCUGUGAACGAUAAAGGAGUCAUAACACUUAAUCGACCUAAAGCGUUAAAUGCUCUUAAUUUAUCUAUGAUACGAAAAAUAUUUCCAACUAUGAAAAAUUGGGAGAAAGAGAAGAGCUUAGUGAUAAUGAAAGGAACAGGUGAAAAGGCAUUUUGUGCUGGAGGUGAUGUAAGAGCUGUAACUGAAGCUGGUAUAAAAGGUACAAACCUGGGAAGGGACUUCUUUCGUGAAGAAUAUACACUUAAUUCUCUUAUUGGCACAUAUCAUAUACCCUAUGUAGCAUUUAUAGAUGGCAUAACCAUGGGUGGAGGCGUGGGACUUUCAGUCCAUGGUCACUUUCGUGUAGCAACAGAGAGAACUCUUUUUGCAAUGCCAGAGACCGCAAUUGGAUUAUUUCCCGAUGUGGGUGGCAGUUACUUUCUUCCUCGAUUAGGUGGUAAGUUGGGUUUGUAUCUUGCAUUGACAGGAUAUAGACUGAAAGGACUAGAUGUUUUGAAGGCAGGCAUUGCAACUCAUUUCUGUGAUUCCGGUAAACUUGUUGACUUGCUGGAUUCACUUUUAAAGUGUCCAGGCACUCAGAAUGCAGUAGAGGAGGUAUUAAAUAAGUUUUCAAAAUCCAGCACAUCAAAGACAUCUGAAUUUAGUCUUACACCAUACAUGUCAAUAAUAGAUUCCUGCUUCUCAGCACCAACAGUGGAGGAGAUAUUAGAAAGGUUAAGAGCUGAAGGUUCAGAGUGGUCUCUGAAAACAAUAGAGACCUUAAAUAAUAUGUCUCCAACUUCAUUAAAAGUUACAAAAAAACAACUAGAAGAAGGAGAAGGCAAAAGUUUAUUGGACUGUCUGAAGAUGGAGUACAGACUUGCUGUUCAUGCAUGUGAGGGUCACGACUUCUAUGAAGGAGUAAAAGCAUUGUUGAUAGACAAGGGACGAAAACCUAACUGGAAACCAAGCACUUUGUCAGAAGUUACAGAUGAAUUUGUAGAAGCACAGUUCGCUCCAUUAUCCCCAGGUGAAGAAUUGAAACUGUAAGAUGUACAACACUUGUUUCACUGGUGUGCUUAUCUGAAUGCAAAUAACUGCAAGUUACUGGGGGCACAAAAUGGAAACAGAAAAUAAAUGGUAACUUGCUAUAAUGCUGUGAGUGCCUCUGAAGAAAUUUGUGUUGGCUUAUUGUAAGCAUUUUAUGUAUGUCAAAAUAAAUAUAUAUUUUUACUUUUUUA